UUCUAUUAGCAUCCCAGUGUGGAACUUGAGCUGGGUUGAUCUGCAGUGGAGUCUAUGACAUGGAUUCCACCAGUGCUCGAGCUAGUCCAUUCUCGAGUCCAAAGCCAGCAGCCUUGCUGAAGAAAGUGGUAUUUACAUGGAGCCAAGAGACUGGAUCACCAGCAUCAGUCUGUGUCCGGAUUCAUGGCAAGAUCUUCAACCUGCACAUGCUGCCCCUGAUCUCAAGGAGUGGGUACUUCAAGAAGGCACUGAUCGAGUCGUCGUCCGACGUCGAAUUGCAUCACAGCUUCCCCGGUGGUUCAGAGACCUUCGAGAUGGUUGCGCUCUUCGCCUACGAUUCUCCGCUUCCUCUCGACCCCUUCAACGUCUCGGCGCUCCGGUGCGCUGCCGAGUUCCUCCAGAUGACGGAAGAGCAGACCUCCAGAAACCUGUGCGAGACUUCCGACUUGUACCUCAACCAAGUGGUGCUGCAGAGCUGGGAUGACACUCUGAUAGUUCUCCAGACCUGUCAAACGUUGCUUCCGAUGGCAGAAGAGCUUCUGAUCGUGAGCCGAUGCGUCGAGUCCUUAGCUUUCAUGGCCUGCAUGGAGAUUCUCGAUCCGGAGCAGAGGCGAGACCGGCCCGUCCCCACUCUCCAGGCCUUGGCCGGCCGGCCUUGGGACUCCGAGGCGGUGAAGGAGGUUGCCGGGCAAGACCUGUGGAUCAAGGAUCUCAUAGCCCUGCCAUUCCAAUUCUUCAGAAGAAUAAUCCGGUCCCUGAGAAGACAGGGGAUGAAGGAGAAGUACGUGAGCCUCGUCGUCGUCUUCUACGCAAACAAAUGGGUACUCUCGAAGAAGACUCACAAGUUCUGGGAGAACACAGCCGAAGAAGAUGGAACUGGCACUGCUGGCAACAAGGUUUCAGCCAUCUUACGAGGCAUCCUCGAGCUGCUUCCAGCUGCAAACAGCGCUGAGAUCGUCCCUGUGACAUUCUACUUCGCAUUGCUCUCGAUGUCGCUUUCGCUUAAUCUGAAUGAUAGUAUCAGACUGAAGCUGCAAGAUCUUGUAGCAUAUCAUUUGCACUUGGCCCAAGCGGAAGACUUUCUCCUCCCUGACAACACACUGCAGAACAUAGCAAGCAGUCCCGAGCUCCAAACAAUGGAGAGGGUGGUCUCGAUCCACGUAUCAUCCAGGAACGAGACGACUGCCGCAAAUAGUAGCUCAACUGUUGCAGAACUGUGGGACAUAUAUCUCUCCCAUAUUGCCGUUGACCCAAUGCUUGGACCUGAUCGAUUCAUGAAACUUGUCGAGACAGUACCAAUGGCUGAUCGAGACACUCAUGACCAUCUCUACAAAGCAAUCAACACCUUCUUGUCGGCACAUCCUUGGGUAUCCAAUGAAGAGAAGGCAAGACUCUGCAGCAACAUCAACUGCCAGAAGCUAUCACAGGAGGCAUGCAUUCAAGCAGUUCAAGAUGAGCUGAUGCCACUGCGCCUCAUAAUCCAAGCACUGUUUGUCCAGCAACUGCACACACAACAAGCUUUCAAACAUUGUUCGGAAUCCUUCAGGUACCUUCACUGUGGGGAGUUCUCCGGGAGCAUUCCGAGCUCAACGUGCCAGGUCCCAAAAAGCCAGAAGCUAGAUGAAAGCCCACACGAUCUCGCUGUUGGAGAGGAGGCUCCUGUUGUGUCUUUAGGCUCCUUGAUGAAAGAAGAUCUUUCUUUAAAGGGGCCUGCACAUGGUAGUAAAGCAGAGAACGAGUCCACAAGAUUUAGAAUUCAGGCACUCGAAAAGAAACUGGCAUCACUGAAACAUAGCCUCCAGAACACAUCAAAGGGUUCAGUCGAAACAGACCUGAAGACGGUAAGCUUUAGGUUGUUUGCUAUGGAGGGCAGCGCCGUCGCAAGGAGGAAUCCCUUUGGCCAUGUUAGUGGCUGCAUUGGCUCUCUGAGUUGGACUGCACAAAGGAAAUAUGCAAAUAGAUUGCUGAAGGUUUUCAGAAAAAUAGCCAUGUUAGGAAAAGGCAAGUCAAAAGUUAAACAAAUGGCUUCCGGUCAUCCAAAUGGUUCACAAUCUUGUAGAAGCAAAUCCUUGCAUGAGAUGCAUGAUUGCUGAACCAUGAAAGUGUUUCUGGACACUGAUGCUUUGAUGUUUGUCAGGAACUUAAGAAGAAAUCCAGCAAUAAUAGUACAUACUGUUUUUGUAAGACUACUUUCAGGAGAAACAUGUCUAGUUGGGUAUCUUAUACUGUUUGCCGCGGAGCAAACUUUGGAGAUUGAAAUCAAGUAGUUAUACAGAUUUGAUUUGUCAGCUACACAUUAAGAAAGAAAAGCAUAUGUAGGCUAUUUCUUGCUGGAAAAAUUGUUGAUGGAUCCAAAGAAUAAUUUUGUUGCUAAUUAAUAGUUCUGUAGAAGUUAUCAGCAAGCCUAAAGGCAGCCCUCUAUGUAUUAGCUAAUGAAAGAAAACCAGAACAUUUAACAAUCAUUGAUCAUAAUGAUUCAUAAAUGAAAGGAUAAACUGAUGAUUACAUUAUGACAGGGAGAAUCUAAUAGCCUGGAUUAUGCAUGAAGUAAGCUACAAGAAAUAAAGGAAGGAAAAAAAAUAAAAUUUGCUGAUUAUGCCGAUAUGAGUUCAUGCAAAUUUUUUUCUUAUUUUCCAUUUAACCUUCUUAAUCCUACAAGU